UCUUGUAUUCACCUAGUUGUAUUCACCUAGUUGUGCUUGCGGGGGUUGAGCUCAACAGAAGGCGUUAUGGCGCUUCCAAGCUACUAGGUGAGGUGAAUGACGUCACAGGUAGUUGACCCAUCAGGCCAAGCUAGUCAAGAGGCGCGGCGGGCAGUGUGGCGCGGGCCGGCGUGGGGAGAGGUGCUGCUCAGCGCCCGCCUCAUUGGUUUUACUAAAUUAGUCACCUGGACAGUCCUGUGCAUGAGGUUACCUGCGCCAGGCUUACAGGUAUGUACGAGGGUGCAUCAGUACAACGGCACUGCAGCUAUGGUUAACCAUAUACAAGAAAUUUGUCUUGUACAACGGCACUGCAGGUGUGUUGGAGCUGCAGGUGUGUGCAAGGACACUUCAGGUGUGUAUGAGGGAGCUACAGGUAAUGUCCACCGUGCCCUCCACAUGGUCACUGCUGUUAAAACCACUUGGGUCGCAACACGUGGGGAGCUCAGGUUACAAUACAUGAACACAUUGCAGGUAUGAUAUGCAUACAGGUGUGUGAGGAAACUACAGGUAUGUGCGAGGGUGCUACAGGUGUGUGAGGGAGCUCGGGUUACAAUGCAGGAACACAUUGCAGGUAUGAUAAGUAUACAAAUGAUGUAGGUUUUAAAUCAUUGAGGACAACAUUGGUUUUAUUAACAUAAAUUCAGAUGUUUCUUAUAAUAGGGCAUUAGACAUCAGCAAAAGAACUCUGGGAGAUUUUACUAGUCAUGUAUUAAUGAUGAAGAUGCUGUUGAUAAUGUUCAAAGACUGACAACAACAGUAGUAUCUACUGAAAAUGUUUAAAAUAUUAAACUAAAUAUUUUCACAAGCAUAGUGAAGGUCAAGCGGACAUAAUAUUCAAUUAAUAAUAUUCUCUGAAGUGACUGGUGGUGUUAUACGAUUCGUUUUUAAAGCCGUGUGUAUACUAUUCCAGUAUGUUUGAAUCUCGUAAUCAUGGAAUAAUUUUGAUAGAGCAUGAACAAAUCGGGAACAAGAAUAAAAACGUAAGAACAUGGGGAUGAAGGAAACUGCAGAAAUCCAUACGAAGUCCACACCCCAUUGGUCCAUACGAAGCAGCUCCUAUUUAUAUCCACCCAAACUCAAGAGUUCCUAUGUCUUGUGUUACCCAGUAAUUUGUUCUAAAAGUCAACAACGCUGUUACCAAACUAGUAUUUACCCAGGUCUUUCCUAAAUCUAAACUUGUUCAAUUUAUAUCUAUUAUUUCGCGUUCUAUUCAGUGAAACAUAUAAUACCUUAUUAAUAUCUCCCUUAUUAUGCCUAUUCGUCCACUAGUACACUACAAUCAAUUCCUCACACGGAAGGUGUUAUGGCCUUACUUGGCCAGUAACCGGGUUCUUUAUCUCAAUCACUGUAACAAGAGAGCAGUACAUAGUAGUACAUCAUGAACAUCAUAACAGCAUGAACAAGCCACGUGGAGCAUGAACAACCGACAGGCGCGGCGCCAGUCAGGUGGCAGCAGACAAUGAAAAAAGUUACACCUCUGUACAAGUUAACCAUGGGGACAGGUCAACCGUCACCGAGUCACGAGGUCAGAGUUGAUGCCGUCAUGAUAAUCUACAGGGAUUAACUCCUCCACAUCAAA